AUGAGUAGCGAUUUACUUAUUCAAUAAUCCCAAGUUUUUUACUUGUUAAGAGAAGGUCUAUGGAAAUCAACAUAGGUGCUAUGUCAUAAGGUAAUUUAAGAUAAAUUUACGUAGUUUUAUCAAAGAACUCAAGAUCCAUUCUUUCAAUUUUGGAGGGCGUUCUGCUAUUUCAAAAGUGGAAGUUUGAAUGAAGCAAUAAAUGAGUUAACACUUAUUAGAAAUAAAAAAGAAUUUUAAUUUGCAACUUCAGCCGCACUUAUCUACUAUUCUUAGCAAUAACGUGGUGUUGAUAGGGUAUUAUUGAAAUUUUAAUUCUAUAGGAAAUCAUAGAAACUUGCAGACAGAUGUAAAGUGAGGGUCGAAAGACUCCAAAUGAUCGAGCAUUUUAGAGUGCCAUUUAUUUUUAUUUAUUCGUAGAUGAAGGUAGAAAGGCUAAGGAAGUUUUGGAAUUAUUAUCAUAAGGAUAGCCUAUAAGUUAAAUCACUUUAGGGUGGUAUAAAUUAUUAUAAAAGGAAGAGUAAAUCAAUCCAAGUGAUAUUCUUGAUUACUUUUAGAGUAUUGGUAGUAUUUAUAUUAAUAUUUUGAUUAGGGUAAUUCAAUUAAAAGCCAAUUGAAUAUUUGCUAGGUUUAGCAAAGGCAUCAGAAAUAAAUAAAAAGUAUCCAAUUACUUUAGAUGCUUUAAAUGAAUUAAUGAUAGUUUGGAGAGAUUUUCCAUUUACAGAUGUUGAAAAGUUGCGAUUUAGUAUAUUUAUAUAAGAUUGGGAAUAAUUUUAGGAUUUAGCAAAUAAAAUACUCUAUGAUGAUCCAACAAAUAUAUUUGGAUUGAAAGCUAUAGCAUUUUACAAUUUAGCAAGAAAAGGUGAUGUAAGAGAAUCAUUAGAAAAAAUUGAAGAAUUAUUUAAUGCUAUUUAAAAAUAAGAAGAAGACAAUGUUUAAUUAAUUUUGAAUUGUUGUUAAUUGUUAUCAAGAGUUUCAGGUAGAAAUCAAUAAAUUCUCUAAUUGACAAUGAGUUAAAUUUAGAAAACAAGAAAAAUAGCUCCAUUAUUAGGUGAUUUGUGUUUAGAAUUAGCUUAAGAAACUUUGAUGUUAGAAGACUAUGAAAAAGCUUAUGGUUUUUUCUAAGAAGCAGCAGCAUUAGAUGAAGGAAGAAUGGAAUCUUUAGCUGGAAUGAUUUAAUGCAAAAUAUUAUAAGGAGUAAUUGAUGAUGCAGAAAAAUAAUUAGAAUUUGUUUAAGAAGUAUAAGUUUCUGUUGGCAGAACUACUGAAAUUGCUUUUUUAUAAGCCUUAUUAGAAAGUAAGAAAUCAGAAGGUACAGACUCUCCUAUUGCUUAAUAAUUUAUUGAAGAAACACUUAAACUUCAUUUAACUUAAAGUAAAUUAUUACUACCUGGAUAUGAAUUUUAUAUAAAGUUUAAUCCAGAUUUCACAUUUACAAUAGCUUAAAUGUAUCUUAGAAAUCUAUCCACCAACUUAAUGUUAGCAGGUAAAGAAUUACCAACUUCAGGUAUUGGAAAAGGAACAAAACUAUUAGAAAGUAUAGCAAGAUAAGCUCCUGGAUUAACAAAUGUUUAGUUAUUAUUAUCAACUGGUAAAAUGGCAUUAGGAGAUCCACAAGAAGCAUUGAAAACUAUUAAUAGAGUGUUAGAAUUAGAUCCUAAAAAUGAAGAUGGAUAUAUAUUACAUGCAUUAAUUUCUAUUAAGACUAAAUAAAUUAAUUUAGCAGCAAAUUCUUUGAAUUAAGCCAUAUCUAAUAAUUUUGCAAUAAGAGAAAAUCCAUUAUUUAUGUUAGUUAAGGGAGAGGUUGAGUAUAGAACUGAAGAUUAUAAGAAUGCAUAAAUAACAUUAGAAGCAGCUUAUGAACUAGUUGCAGGAAAAUAUAAGAAUAAAAUUAAAGUUAAAUCAAAAAUUGUAUAAUUUACAGAAAAAGAUAAAUGUCAAGUUUUUGUAUUAUUAGCUAAAGUGUAUGCAAUUAAUAAAAAAGAAACUGAAGCAAAAAAGAUUAUGUAAAAAGCUAUCUAGGAAUAUGCAGGUAGUCCUCAUGAAAGCACAAUUAUGAUGGCUAAUAGUGAAAUUGCUAUAGAAAGUGGAGAUAUUAAGAAAGCAAUUAAUAUUCUUAAGGCUGUUUAAAGUGGAUAACCAAAUUUUGUUAAUUCAAGAAUCAUAUUAGCUGAUGUCUAUUUAAAGUAUUUAAAAGAUCGAAGAAAUUAUACAAAAUGUUAUGCUGAAAUUAUUGAAGCUGAACCAACAGCAGAAAAUUAUAAAUUAAUUGGAGAAGCAUUUAUGAAAAUAAAUGAACCUUAAGAAGCAGUUUUAAGUUAUUAAAAAGCUGCUGAAUUGAAUCCAGAAGAUGAAGAAAUUACAAGAAUUAUUGGUAAUGCACUUACAAUGACAUAUGAUUAUCAGAAAGCAGUUAAUUAUUAUGAAGCUGCUUUAUAAAAGACUCCAGGAAGACAAGAUUUAUUAGUAGAUUUAGGCAGAUUAUAUUUGAGAAUGAAUAAUAUUAAAAAAGCAGAAUAAAUUUUAGUUUGGGAGAAAUUUAUUACUGAUGAUUAUGCUGCACCAACAUUGACAACUUUAAAAGCAAAUGCUUAAGGAUUUCUGUUAAUUGCAAGAAUGGUUACUAAAUUAUAAUAGGCUACAUUUAAUUAAGCAUAAAAUGCUGAAAAAGAGAAAAUCUAAUAAUAAUUGAUGGCAGAAUCUUAAAAAUUAAUAGAAAAAAUAAGAAAGGCAUUUGAAUUUGCGGUCUAAACAUAAAAAGAUGUUAUUGAAAAAAGUAAAUAAGAAGCUGCUAAUGUAAAUAAGGAAAAGGAAUAAUUAGGAUUAAUAUUUUUAGAAUAAGCUAGGUAUUUCUUUUAUAAUGAAAGAAAUUACAAGGCAACAUUAGAUUGUAUAGAUGAUGGUAUUAAAUUCAUACCUACAAAUGAAAGUUUGAUUUAGUUAUAAGCAGAAACAUUUUAUUAAAAUGGUGAUAAGAUUUCAUGCGAAUAAAAAUUAAAAAUAUUAUAAAAAUUGAAUCCAAAAAAUGAUUAUGCUUCAAUGAUGUUGUCAGAANGUUAGAAUUAGAUCCUAAAAAUGAAGAUGGAUAUAUAUUACAUGCAUUAAUUUCUAUUAAGACUAAAUAAAUUAAUUUAGCAGCAAAUUCUUUGAAUUAAGCCAUAUCUAAUAAUUUUGCAAUAAGAGAAAAUCCAUUAUUUAUGUUAGUUAAGGGAGAGGUUGAGUAUAGAACUGAAGAUUAUAAGAAUGCAUAAAUAACAUUAGAAGCAGCUUAUGAACUAGUUGCAGGAAAAUAUAAGAAUAAAAUUAAAGUUAAAUCAAAAAUUGUAUAAUUUACAGAAAAAGAUAAAUGUCAAGUUUUUGUAUUAUUAGCUAAAGUGUAUGCAAUUAAUAAAAAAGAAACUGAAGCAAAAAAGAUUAUGUAAAAAGCUAUCUAGGAAUAUGCAGGUAGUCCUCAUGAAAGCACAAUUAUGAUGGCUAAUAGUGAAAUUGCUAUAGAAAGUGGAGAUAUUAAGAAAGCAAUUAAUAUUCUUAAGGCUGUUUAAAGUGGAUAACCAAAUUUUGUUAAUUCAAGAAUCAUAUUAGCUGAUGUCUAUUUAAAGUAUUUAAAAGAUCGAAGAAAUUAUACAAAAUGUUAUGCUGAAAUUAUUGAAGCUGAACCAACAGCAGAAAAUUAUAAAUUAAUUGGAGAAGCAUUUAUGAAAAUAAAUGAACCUUAAGAAGCAGUUUUAAGUUAUUAAAAAGCUGCUGAAUUGAAUCCAGAAGAUGAAGAAAUUACAAGAAUUAUUGGUAAUGCACUUACAAUGACAUAUGAUUAUCAGAAAGCAGUUAAUUAUUAUGAAGCUGCUUUAUAAAAGACUCCAGGAAGACAAGAUUUAUUAGUAGAUUUAGGCAGAUUAUAUUUGAGAAUGAAUAAUAUUAAAAAAGCAGAAUAAAUUUUAGUUUGGGAGAAAUUUAUUACUGAUGAUUAUGCUGCACCAACAUUGACAACUUUAAAAGCAAAUGCUUAAGGAUUUCUGUUAAUUGCAAGAAUGGUUACUAAAUUAUAAUAGGCUACAUUUAAUUAAGCAUAAAAUGCUGAAAAAGAGAAAAUCUAAUAAUAAUUGAUGGCAGAAUCUUAAAAAUUAAUAGAAAAAAUAAGAAAGGCAUUUGAAUUUGCGGUCUAAACAUAAAAAGAUGUUAUUGAAAAAAGUAAAUAAGAAGCUGCUAAUGUAAAUAAGGAAAAGGAAUAAUUAGGAUUAAUAUUUUUAGAAUAAGCUAGGUAUUUCUUUUAUAAUGAAAGAAAUUACAAGGCAACAUUAGAUUGUAUAGAUGAUGGUAUUAAAUUCAUACCUACAAAUGAAAGUUUGAUUUAGUUAUAAGCAGAAACAUUUUAUUAAAAUGGUGAUAAGAUUUCAUGCGAAUAAAAAUUAAAAAUAUUAUAAAAAUUGAAUCCAAAAAAUGAUUAUGCUUCAAUGAUGUUGUCAGAAUUAGUUUUAUAAUAAGAUGAUAGUGAAAAAUCAAUUUAAUAAUUUGUUUAAACCUUAUAAGAGAAACCAAAUUCUUUUGGAACUUUAUCUAAAGUAAUAGAUUGGUAUAGAAAGUAAAAUAGAUUAGAUGAAAUUUAAAUUAUUAUUGAUAAUUGUGCUAAAGCUACAUAAAACUAAAAUGAACCAGGAUUAUGUUUUUGUAGAGGAUUGUAUUAUAAAUAUAAAAAUUAACCAAAAGAAGCAUUGAUAUAAUUUAAUUAUGCAAAGAAACAUUAAUAAUAUGCUGAAGACAGUUUGACUUAUAUGAUUGAUUUGUAUUUGAAUCCUGAUUAAGAUCUUUAUUAUUCAAUAACAGAUGAAUAACCAAAACCAGUUNUCCUCAUGAAAGCACAAUUAUGAUGGCUAAUAGUGAAAUUGCUAUAGAAAGUGGAGAUAUUAAGAAAGCAAUUAAUAUUCUUAAGGCUGUUUAAAGUGGAUAACCAAAUUUUGUUAAUUCAAGAAUCAUAUUAGCUGAUGUCUAUUUAAAAUAUUUAAAAGAUCGAAGAAAUUAUACAAAAUGUUAUGCUGAAAUUAUUGAAGCUGAACCAACAGCAGAAAAUUAUAAAUUAAUUGGAGAAGCAUUUAUGAAAAUAAAUGAACCUUAAGAAGCAGUUUUAAGUUAUUAAAAAGCUGCUGAAUUGAAUCCAGAAGAUGAAGAAAUUACAAGAAUUAUUGGUAAUGCACUUACAAUGACAUAUGAUUAUCAGAAAGCAGUUAAUUAUUAUGAAGCUGCUUUAUAAAAGACUCCAGGAAGAUAAGAUUUAUUAGUAGAUUUAGGCAGAUUAUAUUUGAGAAUGAAUAAUAUUAAAAAAGCAGAAUAAAUUUUAGUUUGGGAGAAAUUUAUUACUGAUGAUUAUGCUGCACCAACAUUGACAACUUUGAAAGCAAAUGCUUAAGGAUUUCUGUUAAUUGCAAGAAUGGUUACUAAAUUAUAAUAAGCUACAUUUAAUUAAGCAUAAAAUGCUGAAAAAGAGAAAAUCUAAUAAUAAUUGAUGGCAGAAUCUUAAAAAUUAAUAGAAAAAAUAAGAAAAGCAUUUGAAUUUGCAGUCUAAACAUAAAAAGAUGUUAUUGAAAAAAGUAAAUAAGAAGCUGCUAAUGUAAAUAAGGAAAAGGAAUAAUUAGGAUUAAUAUUUUUAGAAUAAGCUAGGUAUUUCUUUUAUAAUGAAAGAAAUUACAAGGCAACAUUAGAUUGUAUAGAUGAUGGUAUUAAAUUCAUACCUACAAAUGAAAGUUUGAUUUAGUUAUAAGCAGAAACAUUUUAUUAAAAUGGUGAUAAGAUUUCAUGCGAAUAAAAAUUAAAAAUAUUAUAAAAAUUGAAUCCAAAAAAUGAUUAUGCUUCAAUGAUGUUGUCAGAAUUAGUUUUAUAAUAAGAUGAUAGUGAAAAAUCAAUUUAAUAAUUUGUUUAAACCUUAUAAGAGAAACCAAAUUCUUUUGGAACUUUAUCUAAAGUAAUAGAUUGGUAUAGAAAGUAAAAUAGAUUAGAUGAAAUUUAAAUUAUUAUUGAUAAUUGUGCUAAAGCUACAUAAAACUAAAAUGAACCAGGAUUAUGUUUUUGUAGAGGAUUGUAUUAUAAAUAUAAAAAUUAACCAAAAGAAGCAUUGAUAUAAUUUAAUUAUGCAAAGAAACAUUAAUAAUAUGCUGAAGACAGUUUGACUUAUAUGAUUGAUUUGUAUUUGAAUCCUGAUUAAGAUCUUUAUUAUUCAAUAACAGAUGAAUAACCAAAACCAGUUGCAGUAGAAAAUCUAAAGGCUUGUGAUUAAUUACUUAAGGAACUUUAAAAUAGAGGGAGUAUGUCAAGGUAUAUUCAAUUCUCUAUAUUAUAGAUAUUUGGUUAUGUAGGCUUAUGUAUUAUAAUUGUCAGGUAUACCAAAAUCUAUAGAAAUGGCUAGUACUAUAUUAGCACAAAUAUUAAAAAGCAAUAAAGAAUGGGUUCCAGCAAUGUUGAGUUUAGCUAUAAAUAAAUUCUUAAGUAAAAAAUAAACUGAAGGAAAGACAAUUUUAAAAUUGUUAUGGGCAAAGUAAGCUGAUACAAGUGGUUGGGAAAGAGAUGAAUUAGAAAGAGCAUGGUUAUUGCAUGCUGAUGCAUUUAUAUCUAUUUAAAAAUAUGAUUAGGCUGAAGAAAUUUUAAGAAAAUGCUUGAAAUAAAAUAAAUGUUGUGCUAAAGCUGAAGAAUUAAUGGGUUUAAUAAAGGAAAAAGAGUAAUCAUAUAUUGAUGCUUCUAACUCAUAUGAAAAAGCAUUCAAAUUAACAAAUCAAAGAAAUCCUGUUAUGGGUUAUAGAUUAGCAUUUAACUAUUUAAAAGCAAAAGUAAAAAUAAAUCAUAUAAACUUAGCGUUUUGUUGAUGCUAUAAAUAUUUGCAAAUUGAUUCUACAAAUAAAUCCUGCAUUUCCUAAACUGCAAUCUGAAAUCCUGAGCAAAGCAAUUCAAGCCUUAAAACCUUGAAAAAUUAAAUAAU